GUCCGGCGAGUCAACGACCCACCCUCCAGGUUCUGUGGAUGUAAAGGCCGUCAUAAAUGCGUUAUAACUCCGGUGUGAAGUCACGCAGUCUAGAUCUGGAUCCCGCCGUGGUUUAACGUCACCGCUGAGAGAACGUAGACGUCUCACCAUGUCCGCCUGGGACGCCGUGUGACGGCCGGCUGGGGCUAGCUAGCCCGCUGUAACGUUAGCAAAGCCACCGCUAGCCUAGCCUAGCCUAGCCUAGCCGGCGGCGGCAGCGUGUCGUGUGAGUUAGCCACGUUAGCGUGCCUCUUUCUUGAACCUCAGCUUCCGCCGUGAGCCUGAGCAGCCAACGUGGGUGAAUCCUUUCACACUUGCAUGAGCCCGUGAGAAGGCAGCCAUGAGUGGGGAGCCUGACGCCUUGGCCGUGGUGAACCAGCUGCGGGAUCUGGCUUCUGAUCCCAUGAACAGACGGGCCAUCGUUCAGGACCAAGGCUGCCUGCCGGGCCUCAUCCUGUUUAUGGACCAUCCCAACCCUCAGGUCGUCUACUCUGCCCUGCUGGCGGUGCGGUACUUGGCAGAAUGCAGAGCCAACCGGGAGAAGAUGAAGGGAGAGCUGGGAAUGAUGCUGAGCCUUCAGAACGUCAUGCAGAAGACAACUAAUCCAGGAGAGACAAAACUGCUGGCAUCGGAGAUCUACGAAUUGCUCCAGGUGUCCAACAGCAGUGAUGCGGAGCAGGCAGAGGAGGCCACUGCCAGCAGACGUAAGGCCCAGUUCUUCCUUGGCUCCACCAACAAGCGGGCCAAGACGGUAGUGCUCCAAAUAGACGGCUUGGACGACUCGAAUCGGAGGAGUCUGUGUGAGGAGGCCCUGCUGAAGAUCCGAGGAGUGAUCAGCUUUACCUUCCAGAUGGCCAUCAAGCGGUGCAUCGUCCGAAUCCGCUCUGACCUCAAGGCUGAGGCUCUGGCCUCUGCCAUCGCCUCCACCCAGGUGAUGAAAGCCCAGCAGGUGGUGAAAGGAGAGAACGGAGACGAGGUUCUGAUCCCGUUUGCAGAGGACGGCUCGGUGAAGGUGGAGCAGAACGUCGACUUGCCAGACUACCUCCCUGAGGAUGAGAGCCCGGCCCAGGAGCCGGACAAGGCCGUAUCACGUGUUGGCUCUGGCCAGGAGGGGGCGAGCUGGCUGGGGGCCGCUGCCAACUUCUUGUCUCGUUCUUUCUACUGGUGAUCCUUAAGGGCCACCAAAGCAUCUCCUGCUCACUUCCUGUUCAAAGCCAAAAUGGUCCGCUGGGGCCAAGGAUGACCUCCAGCUCUGUUUCCUGUGUGUGUGUGUGUGUGUGUGUGUGU